CUUCGACGCGACACAAUCUGACCUGCCUUUGUCUUUGAAGCCGCGCAGGCUCAUCUGCGCCUAGCCGCAAACAUGGCGACCACGUCGAACAUGUUCUUGUACUCGCUGACGGUUCAGCCGCCGACAAACGUCACGCAAGCGGUCCUGGGCCAGUUCGCAGGCACUAGAGAACAGCUUAUCAUCACUGCUGCUGGCUCGCAGCUCUCCCUACUACGACCCGAUCCAUCCCAGGGAAAGGUGAUUACCCUCCUAUCACAUGAUGUCUUUGGCAUCAUCCGUUCCCUCGCCGCUUUUCGGUUAGCUGGUAGCAAUAAGGACUACUUGAUCAUUGCGUCCGACUCUGGUCGUAUCACAAUCAUUGAGUACCUCCCUGCACAGAACCGCUUUCACCGUUUACAUCUCGAAACUUUUGGCAAAUCCGGUGUACGGAGAGUCAUUCCUGGCGAGUAUCUAGCCUGCGACCCUAAGGGCAGAGCAUGCUUAAUUGCCUCAACUGAGAAGAACAAACUUGUCUACGUUCUCAACCGUAACUCACAAGCUGAGCUCACAAUCUCGUCACCGCUUGAGGCCCACAAACCUGGCGUCCUGGUCAUCUCCAUGGUUGCGCUUGAUGUCGGCUACUCGAAUCCAGUGUUUGCCGCUCUCGAGAUUGACUACUCCGAGAUUGACCAAGACUCGACCGGCCAAGCAAUGGAAGAGUUGGACACUCAAUUGGUUUAUUACGAGCUUGAUUUGGGACUCAAUCACGUUGUGCGCAAGUGGUCAGACCCUGUUGACCCAACAGCCUCAAUUCUGUUCCAGGUCCCUGGUGGAAAUGAUGGGCCUAGUGGUGUGCUCGUGUGCGGUGAGGAAAAUAUCACAUAUCGACACUCAAAUCAGGAAGCGUUCCGUGUUGCCAUCCCUCGUCGACGCGGCGCCACUGAAGAUCCAAACCGCAAGCGCACGAUCGUGUCUGGUAUCAUGCACAAGCUGAAAGGCAGUGCAGGCGCGUUUUUCUUCCUCCUGCAAACAGACGACGGUGAUCUCUUCAAACUCUCGAUCGAUAUGAUUGAGGAUGAGGAAGGCAACCCCACUGGAGAAGUCAAAAGACUCAAGAUCAAGUAUUUUGACACCGUUCCGGUCGCCUCAAGUCUCUGCAUUUUGAAGAGCGGUUUCCUCUACGUUGCUUCUCAGUUUGGUAACUACUCAUUCUACCAAUUUGAAAAGCUCGGUGAUGACGAUGAGGAACUAGAGUUCUACAGUGAUGACUUCCCCGCGGAUCCCAGGGCUUCUUACGAACCGGUUUACUUCCACCCUCGGCCAACUGAAAACUUGGCCCUGGUCGAGAGCAUCCCUGCCAUGAAUCCCCUCCUAGAUUGCAAGGUCGCAAACCUCACUGGAGAAGAUGCACCUCAAAUCUAUACCAUUUGUGGUAACGGCCCCCGAAGUAGCUUCAGGAUGCUCAAGCAUGGUUUGGAAGUCAACGAGAUUGUUGCCUCUGAACUGCCUGGAAUUCCUUCUGCUGUUUGGACGCUGAAGCUGAAUCGCUCAGAACAGUAUGAUGCUUACAUUGUACUAUCAUUUACCAACGGUACGCUAGUCCUCAGUAUUGGCGAGACUGUUGAGGAAGUCAGUGACUCCGGUUUUCUCACAAGUGUUCCAACGCUGGCGGCCCAGCUCCUUGGUGAUGAUGGGCUGAUCCAGGUUCAUCCCAAGGGCAUUCGACAUGUGCGUAAUGGUCAUGUCAAUGAAUGGGCCGCCCCGCAACAUCGCUCCAUUGUUGCUGCUACAGCCAAUGCUCAUCAGGUCGCUGUCGCUCUCAGCUCUGGUGAGAUCGUCUACUUCGAGAUGGAUGCGGACGGCUCACUGGCUGAGUAUGAUGAAAAGAAGGAGAUGUUUGGUACCGUUACUUGCCUAAGCCUGGGUGACGUCCCCGAGGGACGAUUAAGAAGUUCAUUCUUAGCCGUCGGUUGUGACGAUUGCACUGUCCGCAUUCUAAGCCUGGAUCCAGAGUCGACUUUGGAAAACAAGUCAGUUCAGGCUCUUACGGCUGCUCCAACAUCGCUAGCAAUCAUCGCAAUGGAUGACUCCUCGUCGGGCGGUUCUACCCUCUAUCUCCACAUCGGUUUACACUCCGGUGUCUAUCUCAGGACAGUUCUUGACGAAGUCACUGGUGAGUUGACAGACACGCGCCAAAAGUUCCUCGGUCCCAAGGAAGUCCGACUUUUCCAGGUCACAGUUCAAGGCAAGACAUGCGUGCUUGGUCUAAGCUCCAGGCCUUGGCUUGGUUACGCAGACCCGAUCACAAAAGGUUUUGUAGUGACGCCCUUAAACUACGUCGACCUUGAGUGGGGUUGGAACUUCAGUAGUGAGCAGUGCGAAGAAGGCAUUGUUGGUAUCCAAGGUCAAUCAUUACGAAUUUUUAAUAUCGAUCGGCUUGGCGAUACACUCAUCCAGAAAUCAAUUCCUUUGACUUAUACCCCGAAGAAACUUGUAAAGCAUCCUGAUCAGCCUCUCUUCUACACUAUCGAGGCAGACAACAACACUUUACCACCUGAGUUACGUGCACAACUUUUGGCAGACCCCAAAAUCGUCAACGGUGAUUCUAGAGUGCUCCCACCUGAAGAUUUUGGCUAUCCCAAAGGUACACGUCGAUGGGCAUCUUGCAUUAAUGUGAUAGAUCCACUGUCCGAGGAAGGACAGGUUGUGCAAACGAUUGAUCUGGAGAACAAUGAAGCAGCCGUCAGUGCAGCCAUCGUGUCUUUUUCAAGCCAAGAUAACGAGAGCUUUUUGGUAGUUGGUACCGGCAAAGACAUGGUGGUCAAUCCUCGCAGCUACAGCGAAGGAUAUCUACACAUUUACCGAUUUCAAGAUGGGGGGCGAGAACUUGAAUUCAUUCACAAAACCAAGAUUGAAGAACCACCUCUAGCUCUUUUGGCUUUUCAAGGAAGAGUAGCUGUUGCAGUUGGUACACAGUUGCGUAUAUAUGAUCUUGGCAUGAGACAGAUGCUCCGCAAAUCUCAGGCUGAAGUAGCAGCGCAGCAGAUCGUGUCGCUGAACACCCAGGGCAGUCGAAUUAUUGUUGGUGAUGUUCAGCAGGGCGUAACCUACGUGGUAUACAAGCCUGCGUCGAACAAACUCAUUCCCUUUGUCGAUGAUACCAUCGCAAGGUGGACCACAUGCACGACCAUGGUAGAUUACGAGUCGGUGGCCGGCGGUGACAAGUUCGGAAAUAUGUUCAUUGUCCGCUGCCCUGAAAAGGCCAGUGAAGAGGCUGACGAGGAGCAAACGGGCUUGCAUCUUAUUAAUGCGCGAGAAUAUCUUCACGGUACACCUCACAGAGUAAGUCUGAUGUGCCAUUUCUACACACAGGACAUACCAACCAGUAUCACCAAAACGAGUCUGGUAGUUGGUGGGCAGGAAAUUUUGCUAUGGAGUGGUAUCAUGGGCACUAUCGGAGUUUUCAUACCAUUUAUCAGUCGUGAAGAUGCGGACUUCUUCCAGAAUCUCGAACAACACCUAAGGACCGAGGACCCCCCGCUCGCCGGACGAGAUCAUCUCAUGUAUCGCGGUUAUUAUGCUCCUGUCAAGGGAGUCAUUGAUGGCGAUCUAUGCGAGCGAUACAACCUCUUGCCCAACGACAAGAAGCUUAUGAUUGCCGGCGAAUUGGACCGAUCGGUCCGAGAGAUCGAGCGGAAGAUUUCUGAUAUUCGUACACGGUCUGCAUUCUGAUGAAGGAAAAGUGGUAUCUUUAGUAUAUCCUAUGAAGCCAUUGUACAAAACUUGAAGUGUUUGGGUUGUUGGCGGCGUUAACGUACAGGGCUAAAAGUCCCUGUCUUGGAAGAAAACAGGUAAUCAACGAACCGAAGCGUGUGUUUAGAACCGCGACGCGGUACGAACCAUGAAUCUAAUAAUCAAUCCAAAGCUCGAUCAGAGUCCUCUCCAAAACGGGCCACGGUUCUUAUAUUUGUCGGCCUUCUUACUUUUGCCAGAGGCUGGAUUGUCUUGCUCCCAUUUUUCAUCGUCCAAAUAUGCUGUAACAGCGUUCUCAAGAUCAUAGCUAGAUUGUUCCAAGUACAGCACAGCGAUGUCAUAGUCGGAGACUUUGCAGGAUGUCAUGAAGCGGCGAAUCUUGCCCUUCCUCAGCUCCUCAUCUUCGCCCUCGACGGGCCGUGGUGAGAGACUAACUCCGCCCUUGUAAUACUCGCCAGGAAUCAACACUGUUCGUCUUCCGAGAAUCAAGUGGUCGCUCGUGAUGUUAUUACUUCGCCGCAGAGCAUGAGUGGGCACGCCGUACCGAAGAGAUAAGGAGCUGACGCUGUCAUGGCGAUGGUCAAGGAAAUGCAGGAUAUCCGGAGCAUCUUCUUUUAUAACAUCUUGCGCCAACGCUGCCUUCUCAUCGUCGACAUUCGGCGUAGGUGAGGCUGCUGAGUAUGGUGGCGGCGCGCCGGAGAUAUGUGCAGUCC